GCGACAAAGAAAGAAGGAAACGUGGUCGCACCUAUACGUCUUACGGAACAGAAAAUGGAGAAGCAUGUCAACCUGCUGCAUAUCCCAGAUCCGCGAGAUGAUGAUAACGCUGGGCACUUCGCGUGGAUCAAGAAUUUGUCCCGACUCGUCAGCUCACAACUGAGCAAAAAGGAACAUAAAAAACAUAUUUGCUACCGAUGUCUACAUUACUUCAGCUCGAGCGAGAAGCUGGAGAACCAUACCGUCGACUGUCAAAAAAUGAAUAACUGUGCCAUCAUCUUGCCAAACGAUGACAACAAAUGGCUCAGCUUCACCAACUACUGCAGGAAGGAGCGGAUCCCGUUUAUAGUUUACGCCGACUUGGAACGCAUCCUGGAGAAGACACCGAGGGAAGAACAAACGAGUUCGUAUGCGUAUCAACAUCAUAGCGUAUUUAGUAUAGCAUAUUACGUUCCUACGACGAGUCAUUAUCCGCGUAUCGAUGUCGUCGCGAUCGGGAUUGCAUCUCAUGGUUUGUCAAAGAACUUGAAGAACUGGCACAUCGUGUAA